AUGCAAGCCCCAGUGGUAUUUAUGAAUGCUUCUCAAGAGAGAACUACCGGUCGUCAGGCUCAAAUCUCCAAUAUCACUGCUGCAAAGGCAGUUGCUGAUGUCAUCCGUACUUGCUUAGGUCCAAAGGCUAUGUUGAAGAUGUUAUUAGAUCCUAUGGGCGGCCUUGUGUUGACUAACGAUGGCCAUGCUAUUCUAAGGGAAAUUGACGUUGCACAUCCAGCAGCUAAGUCCAUGUUGGAGUUAUCCCGUACUCAAGAUGAAGAGGUUGGUGACGGGACUACAACUGUUAUUAUUCUAGCUGGUGAGAUUCUAGCUCAAUGUGCGCCUUAUUUGAUUGAGAAGAAUAUUCAUCCUGUUAUUAUUAUCCAGGCCUUGAAAAAAGCUCUAACCGAUGCACUAGAAGUUAUCAAGCAAGUAAGUAAACCUGUCGAUGUGGAAAAUGACGCUGCUAUGAAAAAGUUGAUUCAAGCUUCUAUUGGUACUAAAUACGUCAUACAUUGGUCGGAGAAAAUGUGUGAAUUAGCCCUGGACGCUGUUAAGACUGUCCGUAAAGAUCUCGGUCAAACUGUGGAAGGCGAACCUAAUUUCGAGAUUGAUAUCAAAAGAUAUGUCCGUGUAGAGAAGAUUCCUGGGGGAGAUGUUCUAGAUUCACGUGUCUUAAAGGGUGUGCUAUUGAACAAGGAUGUUGUUCAUCCAAAGAUGUCCCGUCACAUAGAGAAUCCACGUGUUGUCCUUUUGGAUUGUCCACUAGAAUAUAAGAAGGGUGAAUCUCAAACCAACAUUGAAAUUGAAAAGGAAGAGGAUUGGAAUAGGAUUUUACAAAUCGAGGAAGAACAAGUUCAGCUAAUGUGCGAACAGAUUUUAGCAGUUAAGCCAACUCUUGUUAUCACUGAGAAAGGUGUUUCAGAUCUAGCACAGCAUUAUUUACUAAAGGGUGGAUGUAGUGUCUUAAGGAGAGUGAAGAAAUCAGACAAUAACAGAAUUUCUCGUGUAACUGGUGCAACUAUUGUCAAUCGUGUAGAAGACUUAAAGGAAAAUGACGUCGGUACAAACUGUGGAUUAUUCAAAGUGGAAAUGAUUGGUGACGAAUAUUUCUCAUUUUUGGAUAACUGUAAGGAGCCAAAAGCCUGUACCAUAAUGUUACGUGGUGGUUCCAAGGAUAUAUUAAACGAAAUAGAUCGUAACUUACAAGAUGCUAUGGCUGUUGCCCGUAAUGUGAUGUUAAGUCCUUCCUUGUCCCCAGGUGGUGGUGCCACUGAAAUGGCAGUUUCCGUCAAAUUAGCAGAAAAAGCAAAGCAAUUAGAAGGGAUUCAGCAAUGGCCAUACCAAGCUGUAGCUGACGCUAUGGAGUGUAUUCCACGUACAUUAAUACAAAAUGCAGGCGGUGAUCCUAUCAGACUCCUAUCUCAGUUAAGAGCCAAACAUGCCCAAGGUAAUGUUACAACAGGUAUUGAUGGUGACAAGGGUAAAAUUGUAGAUAUGGUUAGUUACGGUAUUUGGGAACCUGAAGUCAUCAAACAGCAAAGUGUGAAAACCGCUAUUGAAAGUGCAUGCUUACUAUUAAGGGUUGAUGAUAUCGUUAGUGGUGUAAGAAAACAAGAAGAGUAA